CCUCACUUGACACUUCUGGAGUCUGGGGAUUGUUGCGUCGUCUGGUGUCCGCAUUCAAAAAGAUGCCUGUGGUGAUCCACCAAGAUUCCACUCUAUGAUGCUCAAGGGUAGACCGGCACCGUCUUAUCGUCAUGGGGACAGAGUUCAAUUUAAGUGUCGUUUAGGAUACAAGCGUAUUGUACCUUUUCUCUCUACCACCACUGUUUGUCUACCAGAUAACACAUGGACACCCCUCCAGGAGGCUUGUACAAAAAAAUCAUGUUCACAGCUAGGAGAACCCCUAAAUGGGAAAGUAGUCUUCGUAAGUGGAACUUUCCAGUUUGGUUCACAGGCUCACUAUGUUUGUAAUGAGGGUUAUUACUUAAUAGGAGCACAAAUUCUACACUGUAAACUUUCUGGAAAUAGUGUGGAAUGGAGUGACAGUCCCCCACUGUGUGAGAAGAUUGUAUGUCAACCUCCUGAAACAAUAUCAAAUGGGAGAUAUACCAAUAGCUACAAGGAUACAUUUGAAUACAAUGAAGUAGUAAUUUAUAGUUGUAAUCCCUCAAAUGGACCAGAUGAAUACUCACUUGUUGGAGAGAGGAAGCUUGUUUGUUCUGGGCAUAACCUAUGGAGCAGUGACCCUCCUCAGUGUAAAGUGGUCAAAUGUAAAUAUCCCGUCCUCAAGAAUGGAAGGCUGGUGUCAGGACUUGGAAAAAAAUAUUACUACAAAAUGCAGGUUGUAUUUGAAUGCCUGGAGGGAUUUAACCUUGAAGGCAGCAGCUCACUUACCUGUGGAGCUAACAGUACUUGGGAACCUAAGAUGCCAAAAUGUAUUAAAGGUACAAAAAGUGUCUUUUUCUUUCUUUUUUUGGGUUUUUUUUUUGACAUUUACAUUUUAUUUCUUGACAUCAAUGAUACAGGAUUAUUGGAAAGAAGCAGUUUUUGUCAUUAACUCUAUCUUAUAUUCAUUUCCAUGACAGAUGUAUGACAUAAAAUCUGUUAUUUAUAUUUGUUAGCACAUUAUGUACUAUUAUAACGUUAGCACAUUAUGUACAUCACACGGGUGCUUAAAUUUCUGUUGUUUGGCAUUUUUGUAUGUAAAAUGUGUAACAAACAUUUUCCCAAUAAAUUGAA